AUGUCUAGACGCGUCCCGACGAGGGAUCUCACCGAAUCCUCAGAGGAUCAUGCUCCCUUUCCGUUGGACAUUGGGGGCGGCGUGAGUCCGUGGGCGUCACCCUUGAAGCGAGAGAAGGAAUGGCACAGUCCGUCCAGAAAGAAAGCCGAUGACUGCUGGCUGGAAGAGCAUGUGGAGAGGAAUUCGGACUUGCAGACGAUCCGAGAAUCAUUGUCAGCUUAUGCCAUCUCCGACCACGCAUCCACUGCCACACCUUCGCCUACCCACCGAGCUCGAGGUGUCUACAUAUACGAACAUGAUGACAAUCGUCAGCAGCAUGAGCGCGAUGGACCUUUUGGGCAUUUGCGACGACGAGAGGUGACGGAUAGGCCGCUCCAGCUUGAGAUGCGGAGUGUUCCCGAACACAGGCAUCGAAGUACCAGUCGUACUGUCCACCGACGACAUCGAUAUGACAGUCAGGAAAGCUUCGAAAGCGCUCGAAGCUCACGCUCUUCUCGGAAAUACAAACCUGCUCCGACUGCAUAUACCGCCUAUGACCAUCUCGAGGCUUACGACUCCGGGUAUGGAUCAUACGGAUCUCGAGGUUCACACGGGCACGAAGUGGCCAAGACAGAACCCUACGCCUACUCCCCGAUCCCACGUACCGUGAGCAUGGAAUCGCCUUCCACAGCAUCGUACGGCAUUUACCCAACCGCAUUCGGUGUAGGAGGCAUCGACAUCGUCUCGCGAGCUCCGCUAUAUGCAUACAACACUCGAAGACACUAA